AGAAGAAUGUUUAUAUGUCAAAAUAUAUGAUAUAUUCCAGUUUCAAUAAUAAAGGAAUAUUUUAUGUUGAAGAGCAUAGCAUUUGUUAAAGCAGAAAUCAGCUUAUGAAAAAAUAGCUCAAAGGAUAUUCAUAAGAUGAAAAACAACAAGGAAAUGAAUACUUCUGAUAGGAUCAGGAUAUGCGAAGUUUGUGGUAAUAUCUAUAUUAAAGCAGUAGAAUUUUUCUGUCACUUCUCAACAAAUCAUAUUGUAAAUCGGAAGAAAUUACACAUCAACAGAAAAAUCACAGAAGAAAUUAUUCCUAGUAGCACUUUCAUUAAUUUUAAGGCAUAUGUAAAAGAGGAAAUAGUUGAAGAAAAUUUACAAGAAAGUGGAAUCGAUAGUCAGUUAAAACACAUUAAUUAUUCAAAUCCUUCUCCAGAUGACGACUGGAUGUGCUCUUGUUCUAAAAUUCAUAAUAAUCUAGUAAAAUGUGAAAUAUGUUCAAAGAAUUUGAAACAUAAAACAAUUUUCAAUAGACGUAAGAAACUUUUGGUUACUAAUUUUCGGUCUUACAGUCAAAAAUCGUUUAAAUGUGAAAUUUGUUCAAAAUCCUUCUCCACAAAAAACAAAUUAACUAUACACAUGCUAUAUCAUACAGGGGAAAAACCAUUUGGAUGUGAAAUAUGCUUAAAAUCUUUUUCACAUAAAAGUAACUUUAUGAGACAUAAGCGUUCGCAUAAAGACAAAAAUCAAUUCAAAUGUGAAAUUUGUUCGAAGUUGUUUUCACAUAAAGCAAAUUUGAAUAAGCAUAUGCGUUGUCAUACAGGCGAGUCACCAUUCAAAUGUGAAAUUUGUUUAAAAUCGUUUGCACAAAAAAAUCAUCUAACCUCACAUUUGCUUUGUCACACUGGCGAAAAGCCAUUCAAAUGUGAAGUUUGCUCAAAAUCUUUCUCGCAGAAAAGCAUUUUGACUGUACAUUUGCGCAUCCAUACAGGAGAAAAACCAUUUGCAUGUGAAAUUUGUUCAAAAUGUUUUUCACAUAAAAGUAAUUUCAUGAGGCAUAAGCGUUCUCAUACGGACGAAAAACAAUUUAAAUGUGAAAUUUGCUUGAAACUGUUUUCACAUAAAGCUAAUUUGAAGAAACAUACGCGCUGUCAUAUGGGCGAAUCGCCAUUCAAAUGUGAAAUUUGUUUUAAAGCUUUCGCACAAAAAAAUCAUCUAACAUCACAUUUGCUUUGUCAUACAGGAGAAAAGCCAUUCAAAUGUGACAUCUGUACAAAAUGUUUCACGCAGAAAAGUAUGUUGACUGUACAUUUGCGAACCCAUACAGGGGAAAAACCAUAUGAAUGUACAAUCUGCUCUAAAAGUUUUUCUUUGAAAAAUGUUUUGAAUGUACAUUUGCGCACCCAUACAGGAGAAAAACCAUAUGAGUGUACGAUCUGCUCUAAAACUUUCUCACUUAAAAAUAUUUUGAACGUGCAUAUGCGAUCCCAUUCAGGUGAGAAGCCAUUCAAUUGUGAAACUUGCUCCAAAAGUUUCUCAAAUAAAAGCAACUUGAAAACUCAUAUGCGCAGCCACACCGGCGAGAAUCCAUUCAAAUGUGAUAUUUGUUCAAAAACUUUUUCACAAAAAAUUACUUUAAAAACACAUAUGCAGACUCACACAAGAGAAAAGCCGUUCAAAUGUGAAAUUUGUUCAAAAACUUUUUCACGGAAACUCUAUUUAAAUAAACAUUUAAAACUUCACGGAGAAAUCAUUCUCAACGAGCCAAAGUCGAUUCAAAUAUGAUUAUUUUCAUGCUGUAGCAAAUGUAAUAAAAGUUUCCGGAAAAACUUCGUUGUCUUCAAUAUAAUUAACUUAGAAUGUAGUUGCAAUAGAAAACACAGAUUUUAUAAUGCUUCAAUUGUCAUAUGUUAUUUCAAUAAAUGUCAAAUUAUAACUUA